AUGAUAGAGAAAUCAGAGAAGCGGCACGUCAGCCGCAAAGAGGACAACGACAACGACCACGCCGAGCCCGAUGCAGACGUGGAGGAUGAUCAGGACGAGAUGUUCCUGAAGAAUGCAACGAACGUCACGGAGGAGGAGUUCAAGUCGGAACAGCUGCAGGCUCUCAAGCGAUCUCUGAAACCGAACUUCCAGGUGUACAUGUGCAUGCAGAUUAACAUCGACCUGUCAGCGAUCACAAUCCCAGGACUCCACCUGAACCUCGGCUUGCUCGGGGGUGUCUCUCUGGACUUCCACAACGGUUGCUGGAGCUUUUCCUUGGAAGCGGCCUUGGGCUUCGACUGGGGGUUCAAGAUCUACGGCUUCGGCUUGGGCAUAGGAGCUUCGAUGACGGGUUCUUUUGACCUCUCAGAAGUGCCCGCGCAGCGGGUGCUUGGGGACCCGGAAGCGUUACACAAGGAUGCUUCUGUGUACGCGCCCGAGGGCGCAGAUCUUCGCCGAUGCCAUACGCGCAAUCCGUGGAUGGUCGUACAGGCUUGGAUAGAGCAGAAGUGGCGCAACAUCUACAGGAGCAAGAAGGUGCAGACGCAGAUGGCAGAGACACUCAAGAACGAGAGCUGGACCAAGAGCGAGAAAGACUACAUGAACAGCUACGGCUAUCUCCUCAACGGAAGCUUCGAAGCACUGGGCGUCGCCAGCCCUUACGUCAUGCAGUCGGAUCUUUCGUUCGAAGCAUCGCAAGUGCAAAACCAAGCGAUGGAAUUAUCAUGGUUCAGUUUGCUGCCUGCGACUUCGAAUGCCACAAAUCUCACCGACAACGUGACCGAAGAGGAGAUCGAUGGCGACCCGGAUAACGCCUUACCUGGUAGCACUUUAAUCGAACUUCCUUGGGACGUUUCCCCUGCCGCUUUCACGAAGUUCACGGCAGCGGUAUCGAACGCCAGCGUUGCUCCCCGUCUCUCCGCCCCUGCUGUGGCGAUGACGAAGGCUCUCCGCGGGCUCAUUGCCGAGCUGCCAGCGUAUGCCGGCCAAGUGCUGGAGCGCUUGACGGAUUCCAGCGACGUGUACACGGGGACGGACGCCUCGAAGACGGUCAUGGGCGUCGAGAGGACGGCGGGGCUGCGCCUCAAGGAGUCCACGGGCCGGUUCUGGGCUCGCUGGCCCAGCGAGGAGCGGCACAGCUCCCUGUGCGAGGCCGGAGGGGGCAGGAACAGCAGUGGGGACUGCUCCACGACGCCCAUCGGUGUCUCCAAGCGGAAGGACGGCUCCGAUCAGCGGGUGCUGAAUUUUGCAAAAGCGAUGCGCCAUUCGAAGCACAGCGCGUCCCCAGCUUUCUGGAAGGGGUGCACGGUGGCGGAUGGCGUUGUCUUCGAGCAACUUGCUUGUACGUGUAGUAGGUGA